AUGAAGCCAUCUUCAUCAUCAUCAAGUCGGAAAGAAAGUAAGCGGAAACGCAAAAAGAAGGCGCUUCAGGCUGACCAAUCCGCCCCCAAAAAGAAACGGGCAAACCAGGAUGAUGAUCCGUACUCCCAUUUGGAUUCUGCCACGGCUGCCGCCCUGCGAAAAGAUGACGAAGAAAUUGCUGCCUUGGAGGCGAAAAUGGGUCUGACGAGCAGUAAAGAAAAGAAGCGACUGCACAAGGAAUAUGCCAAAUUGAAUGGCUAUGGAGAUGAUUUUGGAGAUUUCUUGGACUCGGUCGACACACUUGUGGCGCGGGUAAAUGACAAACAAGAAGAAGAAGACUAUGAAAGCUACCAGCAGAAAUAUGGACUCUUGUUGGAAGAAGAAGAAGGAGAAGGCAACGUGGACUUCCAAUACACUUUGAUGGACAGUGAGGAUGAGGAUGAGGAUGAGGAUGAUGAGAUUGUUCCCAUGAAGGAUGCUUGCAUGGACUCUGAAGAGGAAGAGGAAAUGCUUCAGCAAAACCAUGAAAGCCGCGAAUCAGUUUCCACUGAAGAUGAAGAAGAUGAAGAUGACGAGCAGAACGCGCCUGAAAACAGGCAGCAGUCAUCAGAUGAUGAUUCAGAUGGCAGCAGUGAUGGUGAUGAACAGCCAGACCACCACAUUCAAGACACUUACAGGCCUUCUCAGGGAGAAGACAUUUAUGGGAAUCCUCUCCACCAGAAGGAUCAGGGUCCCGCACCCAAAAAGUACGUUCCACCUCAUCUCCGAAAGAAACAACAAGACGCCUCCCAACACGACCAAGCAGAUCAAGUCAGACAAAGGGAAGUACAAAGACUGCUCAACAAUUCACUCAACCGUCUCUCGGAAAAUACCUUGAUUUCCGUAGCACAGGCCAUUGCCGCAUCCUUGUAUCCAUCGUAUCCUACCGCAAUUGUCAAUGAAUGCAUUUGGAAGAAUCUUCGCAUUGCCUGCAUUGAACGACCACAUCUCAUGACGGGUCUCAUACCCGUCUAUGUGGCCUGCUUAUCCGGCGUCCAUGUCCAAAUGGGAGACAAGGCGCAAGUGGGCGAGUACUUGCUGGAACACACCGUCACGGACUUGUGGAACGAGAUUCAAAACAGCAACAACUCAGCUGAAAAGCUAAAUGAUGAUACCAUUCAAAAGGAUGCCUCCAAUCUCAUUUUGGUCUUGUGCUAUCUCUACAACUACGGCAUUGUACACUGCUCCUUUCUCUAUUCGGUGAUUCGAAGCUUUAUCGAGAGCUUUCGAGAAAUUGAAGUGGAAUUGCUGUUGCUGAUAUUGAGUCACUGUGGUCGUUCGUUACGCUCCGAUGACCCCACGGCGCUCAAAGAGAUUGUUCUGACUGUCCAAAAGCGAGCACUCCAAAAGGGCACCAACAAGGAUAGUGGCGCCCUCUCGUCUCGAGUCGAAUACAUGAUUUCGGCCAUGAUGGAUCUCAAAAACAAUAAAAAGCGAAAGGCGGAUGUGGCUCAUGCGGAAAAGGUAUCCAAGCUUCGCAAGUUGCUGGGACAAAUCAAAUCAUCGUCGGGGAGCAGAUCUGCAGACUCGCUACGCAUCGGUCUCGACGACAUUUUGAAUGUCAGCACCAAGGGGCGCUGGUGGAAGGUAGGAGCUUCGUGGGUGGGCAAUCAGUAUCGCUUUGAGGAAGGCGGCGCUGCAGACACCAGCAGAAGCUCAAAGGAACAAAGUAGUAGUAGUUCUAACGAUGAUACCAACAACAACAAGGAAGAUGCCAAACUCCUCAAGCUCGCAGCCAAAGCGCGGAUGAACACCGACGCCAAACGAGCCAUCUUUUGCAUCAUUAUGAAAAGUGCCGAUUGCGAGGAUGCCUUUGAAAAGCUUUCUCGUGCCGGGCACAUGAAGAAUCGCAAAGAACGAGAUGCUGUGCGGGUCUUGAUGGAAUGCUGUGGAAAUGAAAAAACCUACAAUCCCUUUUACGCUCACUUGGGCGCACGCAUGUGCGAGUAUCAACCGCAGUGCAAAUUCUCCAUGCAAUUGGCAUAUUGGGACGUGUUUAAACAGUUUGAUGAUGGAGAUUCUGUCUCUGCUCGCAAAGCUGCCAAUUUGGCCAAACUAGCCUUUCAUCUUGUGGUGAUCCAACCAUCACUCAAACUGGGUGUCUUGAAAGCCUUGGACAUGUCAUCGCCUGAUGAGCUUUCGGAAGCUUCCGUCAUCUUUUUGACCAUUUUCUUCUCCAAGCUUUUGGAGCACUUUGACAAUCCAUCGGACGUUAGGAUGUUCUUGGAGAACGAAGUCAAGAAAAAGAAAGGGAACCGUGGUGGCUUUGAUGCUGACGAUGAUGAUGCCAAUGACAUGAUUGGUGGGAAUGAAUCAAUGGGCGAACUGAACGAUGACAAUGACGAUGGUGGCCUGGGACCCAGCAUUUCCAUCUUUCUCUUGCAAACUCUGAAAGCCAGUCCAAAGUACAAGAAAGGAUCCAGAUUCAAAACCAACUUGAAAGCUGCAGUGAAAGCCUGUGAUACCGAGGAUUUCUUCUUCUAA